GGCAAAAUGGAGGCCACACGACAAGUCGCCUACGUUAGCCAUUUUUCAUCCACACUUGCCUUAUAUCUUCACCGCAGCACCAGAGGGAGAAAUAAGGGCCUGGAGCGACUCAAACUAUCAGCAAGUCGCAUCCUACUCCUGUCCAUGGGAUGGUGACGUUCGGAGAAUGCAUCUGUGUGCAAAGUCUAACCUGCUGGUCUUGGGAGGGCGUGGUGAGUUUCGCGUAGUGCAGGUAGUGACAAGAGGGGGAGAAAUGGACAAGGAAGCAGUAAAGCAAAAAGGGUCUCUCGCCGCAAGACCAAGAAUUGAGCCGGAAAACGAAGAAGCCAAUGCUUUGUUGGAGCUUGAGAGGAAGAUUGAGCACAGGGUGGCAAAGAUUGAGCUAAACUGUGAGGAAAUGAUGAAAGAACUGAAAGCGGAGCAUCAGGAAAGGAUUACGAAACUGGAGAUGGAGCUCGUCGAGAAAAUCCGCUGGGCAGAAGCGGUCAGUGCACAAAAGCUGUCAGACGACGAAUCUAGUAGAAGACAUCUAGUGGACAGGAUCUCCCUGUUGGAGUCGGAGAGGGACAAGCUGAUAGACAAAGUUAGCAAACUAGAGCAUCAGGGAAUGCAGAGAAUCCAAGCUGACAGGAUUCAUUUUCAGAAGCUGGAGGUGGAGCUGGAGAGAAUUCAGGCAGAAGUGGUCAGUGCACAAAAGGUGUCUGACGCAUCCAGAAGACAUCUAGCGGACAAGAUUUCUUCGUUGGAAUCCGCGAGGGACAAGCUGACGGAGAAAGUAACCGAACUGGAGCAAAGAUUCUCCAAAGAGGUCGCUCAUCAGGACGGGACAGAAGUGUCUGUCAGACUCCAAGAAUUUUCCUCGAAGGAACUCCAGGAUGCGACAGACAAUUUCGACGUGAAGCAGAAGUGUGAGGAUGGGGAUCCGCACGGCGAUGUCUAUACGGGGAAACUACGUGACGGCACACUUAUCAAAGUCAAGAAGAUCAGGAACACAUCGAGUGCUAUGCAGAUCAUGGAGCUCAGCAAGUUCAAGGAUGAUGUGGUGGAUCGGUUGAGAUUGCUACACCAUCCCCAUCUGGUGACGCCGCUAGGAGUCUGCUAUGAGGAGAGUUGUUUGGUUUAUGAGCACAUGGCUCACGGAAAUGUGAAGGACUGGAUCGCACGUGGAGAAAACAGCACAUCGAGAGGAUCUCUGGCCUGGUAUGCUCGCUUCCGCAUCAUGGCAGAGGUUGCCAGAGGCCUGUGCUUUCUCCAUUCUUACCCAUUGGCUUCUGGUGGUCCCAUCAUCCAUACUACGGACACCGGGGCACUGCCACGACGCAGUGCCAGGCUUGCAGUUCGUGCCCGUUCUGUGGUACCUCCAAGAACCAAGUAUCAGCAACAGCGACUCAGCAGGCGGACGACUCUAGCGGCAUCGAGUACAACAUUGACAGUACCGGUUACCACCGGAGUUCUUCCCGCAUGUCCGGUCCAAGGGGCCCUUGAACCGCUGGCGGACUACCUUGGGCGGCUACAAGUAUUCACAGAUGCCGUAGCUACCGCCAAGGCUCAACAGGAGGCAGCAGAGGCAGAACGUCAGCGGCUGGUCAAUGAGGCGGCAGCCCAAGCUCAGCAGACUGCUGAGGCUGAUGCAGCGGCACGAGACCGAAGGAAUGCCGCCAGCACAGAGUCCAUGAUUCAAAAUGAGAAUCAGUGGACAACGCUACUCCAAGGCAUGUUCUUUGUGCCUACGGACGCGCAGGCGGAGCCGACACAGGCGGAGGCAGAGAGAAGUAACCUGGCUACCGUGAUGUUGAGCGUGAUGAGGGGAGUAAUGUGGAACAACAAACUGCUGCAGGCACACCUGCUCACGGAACUACAGCAAAAACAAAAGCACCAGCAAGAGGUGGCCGCUUUAACAGCUGCCGUCCGCGCCGCAGCAACGCAGCAGCAGCAACAACAACGGUUGUUGAACUCCACUCUCGCCCGCAUCAACAGCAUCGAGGCUAAGGCCUCAGCAGCGCCAGGCUGCACGACAGACGAGACGAAGCAGCUCAAUGAGCACAUCGAUCACGUCGUCAUUAUCAUUGACAAACUAGGUGAUUUCACUAGUCCGGCCACGAUGAGCAGCACGGUGGCCGCCAUCAAGACGGGCAUCACCAAAUUGCAGACAAGACCGGACACCGCUACAAGGAACUACAAGAUGCCGCACUUCACCAUCAGCAAGUUCGACGACUACAACAAGACGGACGCCUUGACAUGGUGGCAAAGCUUCCUCACAGAAGCAUCAUGCCGCACUAUCCCGGCUGACGACAUGAUGAAGGCGCUCUACUUACAACUGAUUGGAGGAGCACAGGCAUGGAUGAACCACCUAGCGGCUACCAAGAAAUGCACCAUCGCUGAACUCCACACGCACAUCACGUGGAAGGAGUUCAAGCAACUGUGGUUCACUCGAUUCCUGGUCCGCAACGUCGUGAAGGCGGCCAUGAACGAGGUGUACACCUCCUCACAAGGAGCAGAAGAUGGAGAAAUAAGAGUCUGGAGCGACUCAAACUAUCAGCAAGUCGCAUCCUACUCCUGUCCAUGGGAUGGUCACGUUCGGAGAAUGCAUCUGUGUGCAAAGUCUAACCUGCUGGUCUUGGGAGGGUUUGGUGAGUUUCGCAUAGUGCAGGUAGUGACAAGAGGGGGAGAAAUGGAUAAGGAAGCAGUAAAGCAAAAAGGGUCUCUCGCUGCAAGACCAAGAGUUGAGCCGGAAAACGAAGAAGCCAAUGCUUUGUUGGAGCUUGAGAGGAGGAUUGAGCACAGGGUAGCAAAGAUUGACCUAAACUGUGAGAAAGUGAUGAACGAACUGAAAGCGGAGCAUCAGGAAAGGAUUACGAAACUGGAGAUGGAGCUCGUCGAGAAAAUCCGCGGGCAGAAGCGGUCAGUGCACAAAAGUUGUCAGACGACGAAUCUAGUAGAAGACAUCUAGUGGACAGGAUCUCCCUGUUGGAGUCGGAGACGGACAAGCUGAUAGACAAAGUUAGCAAACUGGAAACCAGGCUUGAAUGCCACU